CUGCUGGAUGCGGCGCUGGAGUCCACCCAUCAAGCCCCCCGCAUUCGCCGAGGUUCCAGGGCUUCCAUGCAUUUCCGCAAAACCCCUCCGGCCGCGCCUCACAAACCAAGAGCACAUGACUGACUAACGCUGACAAAAGUCAACUGUCGGCUAUCCCCAAAUCGCUGAAAGAAAAGGAAAUACACCGUAGCUUUAUCGCUUUUUCCUGGUGACCUAUAUUCCUACCAUUUAUCUCUUCUUUUCACGCCCUUGACCCUACUUCAAUUCGCGCUGUCAGCGCCGGCAUCGCUCGCAAUGCCUACAAUCACAUCCGGCAACGCCGAUUCAACCCAACUUCCCCCAUUCUAUUCACCUCGCACGAACGCUGUAUCAGAUGAUGCAGCUCAUCCCGAAUCACAACAUGUCGACGAACUAAACCUGGCGACACCGACCGAGUCCACACAACCACCACCACCGUCCCUCCUCUCACCCGCCUUCACCCCGCCAGGAACGCCUGGCACACAGACGCCUGGCCGCUCAGCUCCUCGCAGUGUACCUGUUGAUAGCUCGGUCGCAUCUGGCGGUUGUGGUACUAAGAAGCCAAAACUUCUCGAUGCCCUUCCUGAAGUCCAGUGCAUUGUGCGCGCGCGAAUCCCGACCGUCAAUGGUACCGAAAUGUUCCUCCACCUCUAUACCAAUAACGUGGAUAACAAAGAGCACUUGGCGAUUGUGUUUGGCAAGCACAUCCGGAGCACAAGUUUGGAUGCCCCACGAGAAGGUGAGACGGAAAUGGAUCGCAUGAUCCGUGGUGCGUAUACUGGCCGUCUCUACCCCGGCCGCGUGACAAGUGGCGCAGAUGUCGAGGCUGCUCCGAAAGCAGAUGCUAAACCGGCUGAACCGCCUCUUGUUCGUAUACAUUCCGAAUGCUACACUGGCGAGACUGCGUGGUCUGCACGUUGCGAUUGCGGUGAGCAGUUGGACGAGGCGGCCAGGUUGAUGGCACUGCCCGAGAACAAGGCGGGCGGAAUCAUUGUAUACCUUCGACAAGAGGGCCGUGGAAUUGGUCUAGGCGAAAAGCUCAAGGCGUACAAUCUUCAAGAUCUAGGAUCUGAUACUGUCGAAGCUAAUCUCCUCCUGCGACACCCCGCCGAUGCGAGAAGCUACGGUCUUGGAACAGCUAUUCUACAAGACUUGGGUCAAAAAGAGGUUCGCUUGUUGACCAACAAUCCUGACAAAAUCCGAGCUGUUGAAGGCCCUCACAGGGAGAUUGUUGUCACUCAGCGUGUUGCCAUGGUGCCGCUCUCGUGGCGUGGCAAGGGUGGAUUCCAAAGUGAAGAGGUAGAGGGCUACUUGAAGGCAAAGAUUGAAAAGAUGGGACAUAUGCUCGACAUGGGUGGCUUGCCCCGAUAAGCUACCAUUACCGCUAUCACAACGACGAUCACAAGACAACCCCAUUUUACAAACAACGUUAUACAACAUCGAACAGCACGCUAUGGCAUAGACGGAGUUACAAGGCGUUUCAUUUUUGUUUUUACACCCUGGAUUAUAGCCAAAGAAUGGAUUACCUCGAGAACUGGGAAGGCGAUACAGAUAGAGAGUAUAAUUAUACCUCCUAUCACAUACACUACCUCUACCUAUGGGAUAUGCUCUUGCAUUUGUUAAUUUAUUACAUGAAAAUAUACAUACUCUUCUUUCUAACCAAAUUUAUAAAAUAUAAGCUCUUAUAUGAAGGUGGCAGCUUGCAGUAGUCCGCACUGUCACGUCUUAAAAUCAGGCCCCACAUGCGGUUACUGGCAGCC